UGUCAAUUUAACAUUGUGACCUUUUGAAGCCCACAUGGUGUCGAUUUCCAGCUGGAAACCAUUGGCAUCCAAUGUGCCACCUACAGAAAUCGUCACGAAGCAUGGGACUCCAAAGGCUGAGCCCAAGGGCCGAUCGAGUCCUGCAGCAGGUGCGGCCAUUGUCUGUGCUGCCCUUCUUUACCACAAACAAGUUGAUUCAUGGAGUUCGCGGAGCACGCGGAGCUUGCGAAGCUUGAGAAGCAGCAGGAGAAGCAAGGCGGAUGUGUAUGAUGCUGCUCAGGUAGAAGCAGCAGCUCUUGAGAAUCCACUCGCAGUUUUCGGGCGUGGUAUGCAGGUUGUUUCCCAGCUUGGGCGAUACUAUGUCGUGCUAAAGCUGGACGAAGCCUUGGGACGGACAGGCGAAGAGAUCGUCAGGGAGAGGUCGAGGGAGCUCCGUCAGCUUCUACUUGAUCUGGGUCCAUGCUACAUCAAGCUUGGCCAGGCGCUGGCCAAUCGUCCAGACAUCAUCAGGGAUGACUAUAUGGCUGAGCUCGAAGCUUUGCAGGACAAGGUACCUCCAUUUCCGUCCAGUGAGGCUAUGUCGAUCAUUCAAACAGAGCUGGGCCAGGACCCGAAGCAGAUAUUUUCAGAGAUCACCGCUGGGCCUGUCGCUGCAGCAUCACUAGGGCAGGUGUACCGCGGCCGACUCCGCUGCAACGGCGAGGAGGUGGCAGUGAAGGUUCAGCGACCAGGACUCAAGGAUAGUUUGAUUCUGGACAUGUUCAUUUUCCGAAGGCUUUCCGAGUUGCUUAACAGUUGGGCCCGACGGCAUUUGGGUUGUAAUGUGACGCUCGUUGUUGAUGAGUUUGCCUCGAAGCUGUGGGAGGAAGCCAAUUACUACCAGGAGGCCCAAAAUGCUCAGAAGUUUGCGGAGAACUUUGGACAAGAUCCGACUGUCAAGAUUCCCAAAGUCUUUAUGCAGUAUGUCAGCAAAAAGGUCAUCACAAUGGAGUGGAUCGACGGCCUGAAGAGCACCGACCUUUCUGGCCUGAGGCGGCGCGGUAUCGAUGUCAACGAGUUCAUCAGGAAUGGAGUUCAGGCUGCCUUGCGGCAACUCCUAGAGUUUGGACUAUUUCAUGGUGACCCACAUGCUGGCAACAUAUUUGCAAUGAAUGAUGGCAGGAUGGCAUACGUUGACUUUGGCAAUGUUGCAAACAUUUCGGAAAGCCAGCGGGACGUCCUAAUUGGUGCCAUCACCCACGUGUCAAACUCGGACUACAAGGAAAUUGCCAACGAUUUUAUUCGUCUGGGCUUCUUGCGUCCGGGCACGGAUGUCUCAGAGAUCGUGCCUGCCAUGGAGACCAUUUGGGCUGACUCCAUGGGUAAGUCGAUCAAGGACUUCAAUUUUCGCACGGUCACUGGGCGCUUUUCAAAGCUUGUUUACCAGUUCCCAAUACGCAUUCCUGAAAGGUUCUCUUUGGUGAUCCGCUCUUUGCUGAUGCAAGAGGGGAUUUGCAUGUGCUUGAACCCAGACUUCAGCAUCAUUGAGGUGGCUCUUCCAUAUGCUUCGAAGAGGCUGUUGAGCAAUCCCAACCCAACGUUGAGGCGGGAAUUACUGAGCAUCAUUUUCAGCGGAGAUGAUAGACCUGUCCUACAGUGGGACCGACUCGCAAACUUAGUGACCUUGGCCAAGCAGGCCCGCGACGGAACCUCGAUUCAGAUAAAUCAAGUCAUCGUGGACUUCUUUCGUGGCCUGCGUCGAGAUGUCAUGAACGGGGUCGAAACCGGUUUUGCACCGGCCAAGGUGCUCCGCGGAAGCUUGGAAGCGUUGACUGCUGGCGACCGACUUCGCCUCCGGGAUGUGCUGCAGCUGGUGGAGCUUCUCAGUCCAGAUCUCACGCCUGCAUUGGCCAGAGAGGUUGCCGAUGCUCUCAUUCGUGAUUCUGUGGAGGACGUGUUGCGAGAGAGGGGCGUCCAGCUCGAGCUCGAGGACUUGGAUCCCCGAAAUUUGGGCAAGGUUCUCAGCAGUGGAGAACUCUUGAAGCUUCUUCCAGUCCCGGGGCCUGCCUGAGGGGGCUGUACCGGGGUGAGCGUGUGGGCAUCAAAGGAUUGUACAUGAGAAGAGAUGUUUUCUCGACAGAGCUUGGGCUUCGCAUCAUUAUUGUUGCGUUACCCAAGAAGACAGUCGAGUCAAGAUGUGAAG